ACGGAAGCGGCGGUGUACUGGGAUCCGACUGCCGGUGGGUCCGAGCCAUGGGGCAGCCCUGGGCGGUGGGGACCGCGGAGGGGGCGCCCGCGCGGCUGCCUCUCGUGCUCACCGCGCUGUGGGCCGCGGCUGUGGGCCUGGAGCUGGCCUAUGUACUGAUUCUGGGUCCCGGGCCGCCCCCGCUGGGACCCCUGGCUCGGGCCUUGCAGCUAGUGCUGGCCGUCUUCCAGCUGCUCAACCUGCUGGGCAACGUGGGGCUCUUCCUGCGCUCGGACCCUAGCAUUCGGGGCGUGAUGCUGGCCGGCCGCGGUCUGGGCCAGGGCUGGGCUUACUGCUACCAGUGCCAGAGCCAGGUGCCACCGCGCAGUGGGCAUUGCUCCACCUGCCGCGUCUGCGUCCUUCGUCGGGAUCACCACUGCCGCCUGCUGGGCCGCUGCGUGGGAUUCCGCAACUACAGGCCCUUCCUGUGCCUGUUGCUUCACGCAGCAGGCGUCCUGCUCCACGUCUCUGUGCUGCUGGGCCCGGCCCUGUCUGCCCUCCUGCGAGCCCACGCGCCCCUGCACACCGCCGCCCUCCUCCUCCUGCCCUGGCUCAUGCUGCUCACAGGCAGAGUGUCUCUGGCGCAGUUUGCCCUGGCCUUUGUGACCGACACGUGUGUGGCAGGCGCACUGUUGUGUGGGGCUGGGCUGCUCUUCCAUGGGAUGCUGCUGCUGCGGGGCCAGACCACGUGGGAGUGGGCUCGGGGCCAGCACUCUUAUGACCUGGGCCCUUGCCACAACUUGCAGGCGGCUCUGGGGCCCCGCUGGGUCCUCGUCUGGCUCUGGCCCUUCCUGGCCUCCCCACUGCCUGGGGAUGGGAUUACCUUCCAGACUGCAGCAGAUAUGGGCCUCGUGGCUUCCUGAUUCCAGGAAGAGUCAGAGGUGUUCAGGGAGAAGGUAGCAGGAGACGGGGGCUUCUAACUCCUUUUGGGCCCAACUCCAGCCUCCAGUCCCAUCCUUGGCCUUGCCCCUGCCCAGCUUGGACUCCGGUAUCCAGGGCUUGAGUCCCGCAGCUCUGCCUCUGUUGGCCCCCUGAGUAGAGUGGAUGGUUUGGUAAGGGGCUGCUUGCCCAGCCUAGUCACCCCUUUGCUGGGUUAAUAAAUUGCCCACUUGGUUCUCAGACUCCCUCCAUCUUUCUGGGUUUCUGGUCCCUCGCUAUUGCCCGGGCUGCUCUUUCUGGUUUCCUCUGAUUGCCACGCAUGGGAACCACAGAAUGCCUGGCAGCUUAAGGGGCUAGGGCUCUGCCUCCUGUGGCUUUGGUGUGGUGGGUCUGGGGCAGCAGCAGACCAGGGUGGCGCAUAGUGACCAGGGAACGAGAAUCCAACAUCCUCAGGUUCGGUGCUUUACGGCAAGAAGCAUCUCCACCGGGCUGUGCCUCUCGGGCUAAACCGGUUCCGGGGGCAGCAGUUACAAGAGUUGAUGUGGUAAGGUCAUGGGGCAGUGAAUGGAGGAGUCAGGAUUUGAACCCAGAUCUUUGUGCUUUCUCCUUCACCCUUGCUGGGCUGAGGUAAGUGAGUAGCAAAAUCGAGGCAGAGAAAUCAGGUGGGAUGUUCAGGCAUCGGCAGGAUCCUGCUCAGAAGGCAAAGCUCUUCCUCUCUGGGCCCUUCGGGAGCUCCCUGUUAUACGUUUUUAUUUAAAUAUAGUGAACAGCGACGCCUGGGUGGCUCAGUGGGUUAAGCUUCUGUCUUCAGCUCAGGUCAUAAUCUCAGGGCCCUGGGAUCGAGCCCCGCAUCGGGCUCUCUGCUCAGCAGGGAGCCUGCUUCCCCCCCCCCCCUCUCUGCCUGCCUCUCUGCCUACUUCUGAUCUCUCUGUCAAAUAAAUAAAUAAAAUCUUUAAAAAUAAAUAAAUAACUAAAUAUAGUGAACAGACUUCCAGUUAAAUGUGGCAGGUUUAAACAUAUGGGUUUACCUCUGUUUCCUUUUAAAAUCUAAAAUGACAGUAAAGACAUAAAACAUAUAUAUCCACAAGGAUAAAGAAACUAGAAGGGAAAUGAGUAGACCAGAGAGCCUGAUGACAUUCUGAAAGAUGGGAAGAGGAGGCUCAUUUCCUCUCUUAGCAGAGAAUUAGAAGUUAACUCCUAGAGGGAGGGGCCGAGAGGCAGCCAAACUGCGCCCCAGAGCCCUGGAGAGGCUCAGAAACUCCUGGCACCAAGAAGGCAGGGUUUGGAACUAAUAGUAGGGACUGACCCAAAGUCUGUAUGAGAAGCAGCUAGGUCACCCCUCCCCACCCAGGGCCCCCUUGCAGCCAGGCAACUACCCCUCUGAGGUACAGGUGGGGGCCACCUGAAGAAGCUUGGGGUCUCAGGGGAGGGUGGGGGAUGAGGGCCUGGACCAAAAAUGGGUUUAAGUGAGAAAGUCUACAGAUGCUGCCUUGGGUGGGGAAGAUGUCAUCCAGUGACACGGCAGGCUUGUUGCCCAGGAACCCUCAGAGAGGCCCAACCUUCUGACAGGCCCUGUCCAUACCCACAGACCUUUGAGCUGCUAGGACUUCUUGUUUCCCCAAAUAGCAUGUUCAAUUGCUAGUUCUUAACAGUUAGGAAUGUGGCAUGCCUGGCACUUGGUGCUGCACAGAAGCACUGGCCGACUUCUUGUUUCCUCCUCUGCUUUCUAUUGUUUUUAUUAAGUAGUAAAGAGAUGCAAGAAAAUAUUUAUAAAAUAAACUCCCUCCCUCCCCCCAUUUAAGAAAUAGAGACCACUUCCUUUGAAGCCCCCGCUGUGCCCUUCCCAGGUGGAGAAAAAACUCCAAUGUCUGAAUCAUUCCCUUGCUUUGCCUUGUAGUUGUAUUACCUAGGUUUGUAUUGGUUUUGCAUAUGUUUGAAUUUCAUGUAAAUGGAACCAUACUGUGUUUAUUCUUCUGUGAGUUGCCUUUUCACUCAUUAUUACGUUUCUGAGAUUUAUUCAGAUGAACGUGUACAGCUGUAGGGCAUUCCUUCUCCUUGGUGUAUAGUGAGCCACUGACUAUACCACAAUUAAUUUUUCUACUUUGUCCACCUCUAUUGUAUGACUUCCUAAGUCUUGGUCCUUGCUCUUGGUCAUUGCUCUUCCAUAUAAAUUUUAGAAUGCACUUGUCAAGUUCCAGCAAUAAAAAAUCCCUUUGAGAUUGUGAAUGAAACCCAACUGAAUAUAUAUAUCAGUUUGGGAAAGAUCAACAUCCAUAUGAAAUUGAAAUUGCAUUUUUCAGUUCAUGAACAUGGUAUGUCCAUUAAAUGUUUUCAAUAAAGUUAUAUACUUUUUCUUAUAAA